UGUCAUCGGGACGCACGUUCACGUUGUGUUUCAUGUAGCCGGAAGAACAGAUAAUUGCACGACCGGUUCGUCAUCCGACUGUCAUCCAUGGAGGAAGAAUCUUUCUUCCUCGGUCAUGUUUCCUCUUGGCGAGAUCCCUCUGUAUAAAUACCACGGAUGGCAUGAAUAUUCUUCACUCGUCUGACGUGCUUUGCUACCUACACACUAGCUAUCUAUCUCCUGCUAGUGAUCGAUCUGCCCGGCAAUGGCAAUCAGUAAGAUGCAUCUAGUUUGGUCACUGUGUGUGGCUUUCACGUUUGCCGUCGCAGCAGCUGCUGCCCCUGCUCAAGGUUCAGGCAGGGUGCGCCGCCACUACGAUUUCUUCAUAAGGGAGGCCAACUACACCAGGCUCUGCAGUGAGAAGAACAUCCUCACCGUCAACGGCGAGUUCCCCGGCCCCACCAUCUUCGCGCGCAAGGGCGACGUCGUCCUCGUCAACGUCCACAACCAAGGCCACCAAAAUGUCACCAUUCACUGGCACGGCGUGGACCAGCCGCGCAACCCGUGGUCGGACGGGCCGGCGUACAUAACGCAGUGCCCCAUCCAGCCCGGCAACACAUUCACCUACCGGAUCAUCUUCUCCGAGGAGGAAGGUACCCUGUGGUGGCACGCGCACAGCGACUUCGACCGCGCCACCGUGCACGGCGCCAUCGUCAUCCACCCCAGGAGCGGUGCCGCCUACCCCUUCCCGAAGCCGCACCGAGAGGUGCCCAUCAUCCUCGGGGAGUGGUGGAACCGUGACGUCGGGCAAAUGCUCGCCGAAGCCCUCAGCAGCGGCGGCGACUUCCAGCCGUCGGACGCCAACACCAUCAACGGCCAGCCCGGCGACCUGUUCCCAUGCUCCAGUGACACCACCUUCAAGCUCCCCGUCGAGCACGGCAAGACCUACAUGCUCCGCAUCAUCAACGCGGCGCUCACCAACGAGUUCUUCUUCGCCAUCGCCGGGCACCGCCUCACGGUGGUCGGCACCGACGCCGCCUACACCAAGCAGUUCACAGUCGACCACGUCUUCAUCGGGCCGGGCCAGACCAAGACCGUGCUGCUCAGCGCCGACCGCGGCCGCUCGAACCACACCAGGUACUACAUGGCAGCGAGGCCAUACGCGACCAACCCGCUCGCCCGCUUCGACAACAGCACGACCACCGCCGUCCUCGAGUACAUCGACGCGCCGCAGGCCACGGCGAUGUUGGACAUCCCCACCCUGCCAGCCAUCAACGAUAGCGCGGCGGUGGAGGCGUACUCGGUGCAGCUCAGGUCCCUCGCCAGCGAGGAGCACCCAGUGGACGUGCCUCGGCUCAUCGACGAGCACAUGCUCAUCACCAUCGCGGUCAACGAGAUCCCCUGCACGCCCGGCAAGCUGUGCAAGGGCCCUCGCAACAACAGCCUCGCGGCGAGCCUCAACAACGUCAGCUUCGAGAUGCCCAGCACGGCCAUCCUCGAAGCCUACUACAGCUCGGUGCUACAGGGCGUCACCAAGACAAACUUCCCCGAGAACCCGACGGUGGCUUUCAACUACACCUCCGACGACCUCCCUCUAGACCUCAGGUUCACGGCGCGCGACACGAGGGUGAAGGUGCUUGAGUACGGCACCGUGAUGGAGGUGGUGUUCCAGGACACGUCCAUCCUCGGCAGCGAGAGCCACCCCAUGCACCUUCACGGGUACAGCUUCUACGUGGUAGGGAGAGGGGCUGGUAACUUUGACAGGCGCAAGGACCCGGCCACGUACAACUUGGACGACCCGCCGUACCAGAACACGGUCUCCGUGCCCAAAGCUGGAUGGGCCGCAAUCCGCUUCCGGGCGGUGAAUCCAGGUGUAUGGUUCAUGCAUUGCCAUUUUGAGCGACACAUGGUGUGGGGGAUGGAGACCGUGUUUAUUGUGAAGAACGGCAAGGCAGAAGAAGCUAAGAUCAUGCCACCACCUCCAAAUAUGCCAAAGUGCUGAUGGAGUCCAUUAUCUCCUAUUGCAAGACAAGAAGUCAAAAUGCCGCCACUGGAGAAAUAGUUUACCUAAUACCUUUAUUCAAAUUAACUUACAAUUUUCAACCAAAGACGCUUAAUUAGAGAAAAUGAGGUGAAUCACCCAUAGAUAUUUGGCCAUUAGUUGGAGUGAGUGUUAAUUCCCGCCCACUUUGGUUUGACCCGAACAAUCUGACGUGACCGUUCUGUGGAAUCACAUCCAUCAUGUACCCUUCAGAGAAAUUUCAAUUAACACGUGCAUUGUUUCAUUGAACCAACUUUUACCUCCUCAUAUGAUCAAGUUCCAACAACUACCUUGAGAUGUGUUGAAUUUCCUCCAGAUGCCACAACAGAUGCAGAAGCAUGAUACCUGCCAGGAUGUAGUCAUUUGUUGUAGCAUUUUCAGAAACAAAAUGCAGUGACAAAUGUAAAUGCGCUCGAUAUAUAUGCCCGGACGUAUUCGUUCACGAG